AUGCUCCCCCGUGAAUCUGCUCCGCGCACCGCUGUUGGCGUUGACUGCGGUGACGUGGCGUCCGCCAGUCACGCAUCGCCACGUGGCCGCAUUAUGUCCGCGGUCGCCGGCGCGUUGGUCGCGAUUCAUCUGGCCGCCGCGGCGAUUCCUCUCGAGGCCGCCGCCGCCGUGUUCAACGCCGGCCAACCAUCGGUGGUGGCAGUGGUGGCGGCAGGGGAGCAGUCGCCCUAUGUGCGCGCGCAGGAGGAGCAGGAUGAGGACGUGGGGCUGCUGGACGGGCGCAUCCGCCCCUGCCCCCUGGCGGUCAACCCCAACUGUGUCUCCACCUCCUCUCUCAGCCUCGCCUACUCGCCACCCUGGACCGUGCCUUCCCUCAGUACCUCCACGGCCGUGCAGAGGCUAGAGGGAGUGCUGCGCUCGGCGCUCAAGAACCCGGCCAUAGAGGAGUCCGUUGAUGUCGCUGACG